AUGCUGGACUCACCAGCCGAUACACCAGACCGACAGACUAAUCGAUCAUUCAUAGAGUCGGCGAAUACCUCGAACGCUGCGGCAGGACCAAGCGGUGGGAAGAAUGGCGACAAGGAUGGAAAAGGGAAGGACCCCUUUGGGGCGCCGGGAAGCUGCUGGAAGAGCGCAAAGUAUCGAGAGGACGUGGCUAGGUGCGAGUCGGUGUUGGUACACCAGGAAUGGAGUAUGAAGGAGUUUCCUGACCCACUGGGGGAGAGAUGA